UAGUGCGUGUAGAUAAUGCUGCUGUAGAUCUCAUGAGCGCCGUAGCGUACCUUGUUCUCGCCAAUCCAUCCUCCAAGAACAACUUGGGGACUUUGAUACGAUGUGGUGCUGCGUUUGCUGUGGAGGAGGUGAUCGUGGUCGGGGCGUUCAAAUGGAGCACUCACGGUGCCCACGGCUCUCACAAGCACCUCCGGUACCGAUGCUUCGAUGACUGGGAGACGGCCGCCACCUUCCUAAGAGACGAAAAGGGUUGCGACCUUUGCGGCGUUGUAAAUCAAAGCCAGAUCCAACCCCAAAGACGAGAUUCGCCUGUGGGUCGCGAGCCACCGCCACCAGCACCUCCACGGGGAAGCGUGGUGCCAGGAUCAGCACCAGAGUCUACUACUUCCGCUACGAACUUCGCCGCGCAAGGAGAAAGCGAGCCGGGAGUUAAUAGCUCCUCUGCCAGCCUACCUCUCGCGAAGAAGGCUGCCGCUGAGCAGGGUGCCGGUAGUGCCGCUUCAGAACUUUCCGAGGAAGGGUUACUUUGGUCGUCGUCGUCCUUGUCACCAUCAUCAUCAUCACAAGGAGAAGGCCGCGUUCCAGAGGAGAGAUUGCUGGGGGGAAGCAACAAGAAGGAUCGUCCCACCGUUCUAGCCUCGACAGCCGUGCGUCGCCGACCAUUUCGGAAAAGCACGGCGUUUUUGGUUGGACACGGCAAUCGCUUGGACCACGAGGCGCUGGACGUGUGCGAUUUUUUCGUGCACGUCGAAAUGGCGAGCGAGUCCCCGAUGGAGCUGGCUGCCCCCGUGACCACGUCUAUCGCACUCCACCACUUCACAGCUUGGGCAAACUACGAGGAGCGGCAUUUCACGGGAGAAAAGUUUAAUGUGGACGUUGAUGUGGCUCGACAUCACCCUCCUAUCCAAAAGGACAAGAACCCCUUAGCUGAGGAGCGCGUGCGUUUGCGCGAGGAACGCCUAGCGGCGGAUCCACUAGAAGCUGCUGCGUCCCCAGGGCAUGAAGGUGCUCAAGGCGGAGGGGGAUGGGGGUGGCUCGCGGGCGUGGAAGGUGAUGCGACAGCUAAUGGCGACUACUGAAAGCAGCGGCGCGUUUUUUUAGGCGAUCUGUAUAGUUGCAAGCGGAGUCGGGGCGACUGGCGCGAGUGGGCGGUGAUGAAGGGCGACCACGGCGGUAGGAGAGGAAAACGAGUUACAUUGUGUUAGUGGCGGAUCUAUCUGUGGAGUUGCGAAGUAACGCGGGUUGGGACACCGGUAGCCCCAAGCGCCUUCGGCCCGCGGAAUUUCAAUGUUCACCGCGGUGCCCUCGCUAUUUGCAAGCGACAGGGCUGCCCUGGCCUUGCUAGAGAUAGGUUUGGUGCGGUCCGGUUUAGGGUUACCCCCUCCCACGCCAGCAAAUUCCAUGUGUUUGCCAGAGGCAUGGCAAGACUUUGACCUUGCCCCAAGUAGAGGAUUCUUGUUCCUUUAGCGGAGAGUAAGAUAUGCUCGGAAUCGGUGACAACUAAGCCCGCAAGUCAUCAUGAGCGAUACCGCCGCCCACCGGCCAGAUGAGGUGCGGGGCUGAGUAGAGCAUGCAACGCGGUGGGUAGUCAUUUGCGUCAUGGGAUUUUUUUGGCUGCUGGCUCGCUUCUGCCUGGGAACCUGGCGAUAAAUUCCUCUUAAGCAUUCUUCCCCUAGUGCUUCCCAGGGGAUAUUUAGGUAUGGCAAUGACUUGCGCGGAAGCGGUCGCCAUCAAAACUGACGGAAGGAGGAAGUCGAUUCCAAAGAUCUCGGGUAGGGGACAGAAAAGCUGUUGUGCAUGCUUCGUCCAGGGAGGUUUUCUUUCAUCGUCAACCAUGGAGAGGCUCUGCAUCGUCGGAGUUGUAGAGAAAUUUUAGGGGUUGCGGAAGGCGGGUGUCCAUGCGCGUGUGCUAGGGUGUUUUGGCACAGGUGGACAGCGAUCUUUUUCGGAGGUGGACAGCCUCUUGUCGGAAGGAAGAAGCGCAGAGAGCGAAAGAGAUGGAGGGAAAUAACGUGGUGCCCUGCCGGGGGGGCGUACUGUCCGUACCACCCACCCACCUAUCCCCCAUAGUCCCCGCAGAGAAGCAUAGAGUGCCGGGUACCCUCAAACACCUGGUCCCCCU